AUGGCAUCGGCCAACCGUUGUCAUCCUGAUGACAAAGCUGCAAUUCUCAAAUUCAAAAACAGUUUCUCAAAUGGGCCUCAGUUGGACCAACGUCUCCGGCUAUGUGCAUGCCUCCGUUUCUUGCAGAGCUUAAGAUCGAGUGUGAUGUUCAUUAAUCUUUCAUUUAACAAUGUAUCAGGUCUAAUCCCAUCGUCUCUAGCCACUCUCCCAAAUCUUAUCGCGCUAGAUUUGAAUCGUAAUAGACUCACCGGGUCAAUCCCUGACUCAUUUGGUCAUAUUAUUGUAUCUCAAGACUCGCAAGGAUUAUCAUUGAGUUUAUCUCAUAACAUGCUCACCGGUGAGAUCCCUACAUCUCUCUUGGGGAUACAAACUUCUAUCGGUUUGAUGUAUCAAGGAACAACUUGUCAGGAGACACUUCAAUGUUGUUUGGUGCAUCGAAGUUUAGACAUCUCGCGAAACAAUUUUGAGUUUGAUUUGUCGGGAGUGAGUUUCAUGACCAAUGAGUUGGUGGAAUUGGAUAUAUCACAUGACAAGAUAUACGGGAAGAUACCGUAG